UUUUCUUGCCGGGUUUUGCAUUGGUGGGUUUGCUAGGAGAGAGAGGAUCUAAGAACCUUAAUCCUGAACUAAGAGUGAAGCUAAAAAGGCUAGGUAGGAAGAGGCCCAGGGAAGAAGCAGCAAUGAAUUGAAUCAAGAAUUUCCCUACCAGUCACUGGUAAAGUGGCAUAAAUCCCAAGAAGUGGAUGUAACAUAUUUGGGAGCUUGAACACUGGGCUGAAUUUAAAAGGCUCAGGGCCAGGGCUGUACACACUAGCAAGGGUAGAUAGUCGUUUUUUGUUUGUUUGGUUUUUUUUUGUAUUGGACUCUUUAAUACCAUGAAAGGGGUUCAUUUGAAGUUGAUGACUUGGCUGGAGGGGGUAAGCCACUGAAGACUCACCAAGAUCAGCUGACAGCCUGCAGGAGAUACCAGGGGCAAUAGAAGGACUGCAAUAUCACAUCCAACUACAAGAAGGCACUCAAGCACAUUGCCUUCAGGAAAUGGCCUCUUCUAAAUCUUUGCUGAAUCUUCUAACCUUCACAUUUGGAUCAACAAUAGGAUUUUUCGCAUGUUACAUGCUCUUUAGCAUAGUGUUGGAAAAACAGGUUGUGAUCCAACCUGAUAUUCUUCAUAAUGAUCCCCAUGGUGAACACUCAGAAGAAGCUGGAAGUGAUCAGCUGGAAGGACAAAUGAACUUCAAUGCUGAUGCUGGGCAGCAUCAAGAUGAGAACAAAAAUGUUGCAGAAGGACUGUAUCAGAAGGUGAAAAUACUUUGUUGGGUGAUGACUGGGCCUCAGAAUCUAGAGAAAAAAGCCAAGCAUGUUAAGGCUACUUGGGCCCAGCGUUGCAAUAAAAUACUAUUUAUGAGCUCUGAGGAGAAUAAAGACUUUCCAACUGUGGGACUAGAAACCAAAGAAGGCAGGGACCAACUGUACUGGAAAACUAUUAAAGCCUUCCAGUAUGUACAUGACCAUUAUUUUGACGAUGCUGAUUGGUUUAUGAAAGCAGAUGAUGACACAUACGUUAUACUGGACAACUUGAGAUGGCUUCUUUCAAAAUACAAUCCCGAACAACCAAUAUACUUUGGAAGAAGGUUUAAGCCUUAUGUGAAACAGGGCUACAUGAGUGGAGGAGCAGGAUAUGUACUGAGCAAAGAAGCUCUAAGGAGAUUUGUUAAUGCAUUUAAAACCAACAAAUGUUCUCAUAGCUCUUCUAUCGAAGACCUAGCACUCGGAAAAUGCAUGGAGAAUAUUAAUGUAGAAGCUGGAGAUUCAAGGGACACAAGUGGUAAAGAAACUUUUCAUCCCUUUGUGCCAGAACAUCACUUAAUCAGAGGAUAUCUACCUAGAACAUUUUGGUACUGGAAUUAUAAUUAUUAUCCUGCAGUAGAGGGUCCUGGAUGCUGCUCUGAUCUUGCAAUUUCAUUCCACUAUGUUGAUUCCAUAACUAUGUAUCAGUUGGAAUACUUGAUUUAUCAUCUCCGACCAUAUGGUUACCUAUACAGGUACAAUCCUGACUCACUCAAGAAUCUAGAAAAGCAAAUGAAAAGCAAAGCAGAGGAUAAUGAUACAAAAGCUAAAGCAGAAAGCUCCUGAAACUGAAUCAGACUUCUACUCAAUAUGUGGAACUGACAGAAGUAUCGUGGAGUGAAAAGCAGCUACAUCUAGCUCAGACAGGACUCUGGAAUUGCUAGUAGUAAUUCUUUUUGAAUUUUAAAAGCUCUGUGGUGAUGGUCUUCCUCUGUGACUGCAAACUGCAGGUUUCGUUGUACAAUUCUUACUCAUGGGGAUAGUGGGACUUUUCACAUGUUAGGACUGCAGAAUCAGGCCCUAAAGCUUUUACAUGAUCUGUGAAAUCUGAGGUGGCUUUUUUACAAGUUCUUGUUUAUAUUAUUGUAUUAAAACAAAUGGUGGUGAGGUUCAAGCACGAUUAUGCAGUAUUUUCUAGUUGUUGUUUUUCUUUUUGCCCCAGUUCCCCUUCCCAUUAUUUUGGAUAAGUACUAGUAUUAGAAAUCUUGGGCUACAUUGGUCCAUCACUUUGAGAUGGUGAUGAUACUGGAGAAAUUUGAUGUGAAGUAACUGGGCUGAAAAGAGGGAAAUAAGUCUUCAAAACCACUCCUGCCUUAAAGACAGACUUCAAACUAUUUGGUGUAAUUAGUAAUACUGUGCCUGUUUAAUGUUGAAAUAUGAAGUACUUCCCAAAUGAAAUGAACUUGUUACUCUUUGCCUCAUCAUAAACUUCCCCCAAGAUACUAUUUGUUCUACAAAACAACCACCCAGUUGGCUUGCUCUAAUUGGUGAAAAGCCCAGGAAUAGCAACUCUAUGCCUCCCCACUCUAUGCCUCUUGGUGUGUACUCCUUGCUUGAAUGGGCACAAAAUUCAUCCAAAAGCUUUUUAAUGUACAUAUGAUAGAAAUAAACCUCUUAAAAGUGAAAUUUCCUCCCCUUGUAUUCAUUCUGUAAGCCAAAAAAUGUGUGAUAUAACACCACAGUCAUACAAUAAAGACUUGCUAGACAGCAAGGCGUUUAUGCACUAGUGUACAGUAAUUUCCAGAUUCACCCAGUGUUACUAUUAGUUUAUUUCUAUUUAAUUUACACAUUGCUUUAUUGUAGGUGUUUUGUGGGCGUGGGGAGGAGGAGGGUUCUUUGUUUAUGGAAGUGAUUUUGCACCCAAAAAGGUACUAUUUUAAAUCACAGUAUAGGUUCUCUUACUAUGAUUUUUUGAAUGUUCCCUACAAAUUCUAUUUUAUUUGGUUGUAAUAUGUAGUUACCCUUCUGAGGGUUUUGUCUGGUUUAUAGUGUCUUUUUUCUGUGUCUUCAGUUUAAGAUUUUCAUGUGUCAUUUUAAAUUCUCUUUAUUGUCUGUCUUGUGAAUGUAUUGUACAGUUAUUCAGGUAAGCCAACCUGAAUGCAAGGACCCUUUCAAAACGUGCAUUUAUUUCGUCCACUAUGUGGCUACGGGAGUAGCUCUGUCUAACUAAAAAGGAUCCACUGGUUAUCUGUGAGACUGACAGAUUAUCAAUAUAUUAAAAUACAAUCAGAGGUUACACCCACUAUAGAAGGGGAGUUUUUUUGUUUUUUUUGUUUUUUGCUCUUGAGAUCAAUACAUAAUUUGCCCAGUUUUAUGUUCUGCCUAGCUUGACACAUUGGCUGUCUUCGGUCCUCAGUUUCACAAAAGCUUCUUUAUCACUUUUCUGUUGCUAGUUUUCAUCUUCAUCAUAUUGGUGAGUUUGGCCAAAACCUUACUUCCCUUAGCCAGUGUUUUUGAUGAGGUCAUAUUACUGGUUGUAAAUGGCCUUACUAAAAUGGUUACCACUGUUCUCUUGAGGAUGUUGCUAGGAGAUUUUGGGACUCUGGAGUAGUGUGUCUCAAACAUUAUUUGCCAACAAACAUCAUGACUGACUUAUCUAUUUUCUUCUGUUCUGCCUUGUGACAUGAUGCCAAUAACUACAGUAUCUCAUGAAUGUGAAGUAAACAUAGCCAUUUUUGCUGCUCCUCAGUGUCUGAACACAGGAUUAUUUAUAUUCCCUAGUACCACUGAUGUUUCCAUAUACAGUUAUUUUUAGUUAUUUCAUAUUUAAAUCUAAAUAUUUCAUAAUGAGUAUUUUUCACUAGCAGGAUUUCCUCACACACAGGCUGGAAGGGGUCAGAGCUUUAAUGUGUGCUGUGAAUUGACCUAUAGAACUCUUUAAAAUUUGAACCUAUUGGGUGAUUAAAAAGCUGUGCUUUUUAUCCAAGAUUAUGCUGAUGCUGGUCCAAAGAAGAAAAUUUAUCACUUGUGUUUUCAGCUGAACUGUAGAAGGUGAUUAAGUUUAGCAAAGUAUUCCCAUGUGAGACUCACUCGUUAAACUAACAUUAGGUCAUAUAUGAGAUGCAGCAAAUAGGAUUGCUAAAUCAAUAUGCUAAAAGCACUGACAGCAACAGUGAUUAAUAUAUUGUUCAGAUUCUUGGCUAAACCAUUUUAUUAACAGCUGAUGACAUUUAAUCUAAAUUUAACAAGUUGAUGGUUUUGAUUUAAAAUUCUGUAUACUCAGCCAAUGUAAAUGACCUACUGAAUUGCAAAUCUAUAGUUCCCCACUACCAUUCUCUUCUCCUUCAAUGUCACCCAUUGACCUGUAACAAAAAAGGAACUUCUCAGCUUGUGGUGUAGGCAGCCAAUGUUUUAGUGAAUUGGGUGGGCUGUGUCUUGAGAAAUGCAAAUCUCCUUCUCCAAUAAAGUGUUAGCAAGGAUACUUCAGAAAGCAUUUAGUACAGGGGUGGGCAAACUAUAGGCGGGGGCCACAUCCGUCCCUUCAGACAUUUUAAUCUGGCCCUCAAGCUCCUGCCGGGGAGCGGGGUCCAGGGCUUGCCCCACUCCAUGCAUACCAUGGCUCCCGGAAGCAGUGGCAUGUCCCCUCUCCAGCUCAUAUGCAUAGGGGGGUUCCCCAGGGGGCUCCACAUGCUGCCCCCAUCCCAAACGCCACCCCUACAGCUCCCAUUGACCGGGAACCGUGGCCAAUGGGAGCAGCAGGAGUGGGGCAGAUGGGGCAGCAUGAAGAGCUGCCUGGCUGCACCUCCAGGUAGGAGCCAGAGGGGGGACAUUCCGCUGCUGCUGGGAGCUGGUUGAGGUAAGUGCCACCCAAAGACUGCACCCUGAACCCCUCCUGCACCCCAACUCCCUGCCCUAGCCCUGAUCCCCCUCCUGCCCUCUGAGCCCCUCAGUCCCAGCCCAGAGCACCCUCCUGCACCCCCAACCUCUUAUCCCCAGAGCCCGCACCCCACAUCUGGAGCCCUCACUCCCUGCCCCAGUCCGGAGCUCCCCUCCCACACUCUGAACUCCUCAUUUCUUGCCUCACCCCAGAGCCCUCAUCCUUUUCCCACACCCCAAUUUCGUGAGGAUUCAUGACCUGCCAUAUAAUUUCCGUACCCAGAUGUGGCUUUCAGGCCAAAAAGUUUGCCCACCUCUGAUUUAGUAUCUGGCUAAGAAGGCUUCUGUCUCUACCCUCCACCACAUAUACCCAGAAAGGAGAACAGAAGGUUUUGCCUUCCAGUAUCACUGAUUGAGAAGUAUCUACUUGACUUUAUCGUAAAUUUUUCUAAAACUAUUGGUUUUUUUUGUCAAACUCCAGUAUCAUUAUGGAAACAAAAUGAAUGAUACGUAGGGAUUAUUAACUUGUUUUUUACUUUGGUAGCCAUUUUACCAGAUAGCUUUCCAAACUUGGCUACCUAAUAAACAUUUAUGAUUGCUUUUAUUAGAGGGGCUUUCAACAUUGCAGCCUCCUUGUAUAGCAUUCUACAAUUGUAAGCCACUGAUUUCAGUGUCAUGUCAUCACUUUAAGAGCAAGCACAUAGUAAAAUGAGUACUUUUGCAGCCCAGGCAAGCUACUACAAGGAAUCCUUCUUUAGUUGAUUAUUUGCUUUCCUUAGAAUAUGCCUUUGAAGUGCAGGAGCGCAGGAUGUCUUAUGCUACAGUGCUUAUUACUCUUGAUUUUUAAUUUUAAAAAAGCUUGACAGAGUUCUGUACCACAAUGUACAGAAACAAUCCAAUCAUGUAAUUCUAGUCUAAAUUUCUUUAAGAAAAUUACCUGGCAGUAAAUUCUCUACAAUCCCUGGGGUUUAUACUGAGAGUCAGACAUACGGGGCUUGUUCUUUCAAUAGGCUUCUUAAUAUUUUAGGUCCUUUUUGUUUUUCAGAACAUUCAUUAGACAUGCAUUAGUUUCCAGAGGCAUGACAAUAUUAUCAAAUUAUCCGAAGCUCUUACUUGUGGGGUGGUACUGAAUGUUACAUUUUUAGAUGAGUGACUCAAUUGAACUUUAAUCUUUUUACUCUUUGUUGUUAAUUCAGUUUAGCAAUUUGCACUGUUGGUACACUCCCCAGUAAUACCUUGUCUGUCCUUUUGCUCAACAUUUCUUUCCCCUUUGAUUUUUUUUUUCCUGAUCUUUCUGAGAACGCUUCUACAGCUCCAUCCAGUUACACUUUCAUAAGUGAAAGAAAGUUUCAGUGACUGCAUUUUAACGGACUACUCCCAAAAUAGCUAGGAGCCUUUUAGUUUAAAGAAAAGGAGUACUUGUGGCACCUUAGAGACUAACAAAUUUAUUUGAGCAUAAGCUUUUGUGAGCUACAGCUCACUUAAUCUAAUCCAUUCAGUGGGGAGAUUUAUAUACACAGAGAACAUGAAACAAUGGGUGUUACCACACACAUUGUAACGAGUGAUCAGGUAAGGUGAGCUAUUACCAGCAGGAGAGCAGGGGUUGGGGGGGGGAACCUUUUGUAGUGAUAAUCAAGGUGGGCCAUUUCCAGCAGUUGACAAGAACAUCUGAGAAACAGUGGGGGGGUGGGGAAUAAACAUGGGGAAAUAGUUUUACUUUGUGUAAUGACCCAUCCACUCCCAGUCUUUAUUCAAGCCUAAAUUAAUUGUAUCCAAUUUGCAAAUUAAUUCCAAUUCAGCAGUCUCUCAUUGGAGUCUUUUUUUUUUUUUUUUUUGAAGAUUUUUUGUUAAAGAAUUGCCGCUUUUAGGUCUGUAAUCGAGUGACCAAAGAGAUUGAAGUGUUCUCUGACUGGUUUUUGAAUGUUAUAAUAAAACUCAUACAGAUGCAGACAGACAUAAUCAUCCUUUCCAAAUGCAAACAGAUGGACAUCAGACCAAAGGGACUGAAGGUAAAAAAUCCAUUACAAUCUACAUACCACACACACUAUGCUGACAACUUGUGCCAUACACUCUCAAAGAAACUGCGGAACCACCUGAUCAACAUCCUCUCUACAGCAAACAGGGAAAGAUUAAGAAUGAGUUCUCAAAACUGGAUACUCUCAUUAAAAAAAAAAAAAAAAAAAAAACCACCUUCCACAUAAACUUCCUCUUGGCUGGCUGAGGGGGUCUUUCAUAUCAAGGUUCCUUCCCUACUCUGAACUCUAGGGUACAGAUGUUGGGACCUGCAUGAAAGACCCCCUAAGCUUAUUCUUAUUAGCUUAGGUUAAAACUUCCCCAAGGUAUAAACUUUUACCUUUUGUCCUUGGACCUUUAUGCGGCGGCCACCACCAAGCAUGUUAAACAAAGAACGGGGAAAGAGCCCACUUGGAGACAUCUUCCCCCUCCCCCCCAAAUAUCCCCCCAUAACAAUAAAUAAAUUUGUUAGUCUCUAAGGUGCCACAAGUACUCCUUUUCUUUUUGCAGAUACAGACUAACACGGCUGCCACUCUGAAACCAUUUAGUUCACAUACUCUGAUAAUCUGGAGAAAGAGGUGGCAUCUUGAUAACAUAACUACCAUUGAUAUUUAUGAUUUGGGCAUGCACACACCACAAUGAGAAUAGUCAGCUUAGUAUAGGACUUAACCUUUCCAGUUUUUACUAUGGCAAGAAAAAAUGUGUGAGAACCCCAACAAAUGUAGCAGCUCUUCAUCUUACUGUGUGGUGUUAAAUACUCUGCUAAAUGAACUGCAGCUGUUCGUAUAAAAAAUAGUUUCAGGAAGACGUAUGUUGCUGCUGAGCAGUCUAUUCCAUUAAAAUCAGUGAAUGUUCUGGAAUUCGAGACAAGAACCAGUUUCAAUUGUGGUCAACAAUGAAUGGUGACUUACAUGUUUUUAAGUGAUCAACAUUUACAAAUUUUUUGUUU